UGCAACAGAUUGAAGAAGUGAAGUCAGGUGUGAUGGCCAGUGAGGAGGUGAAGCAGAAGCUGCAGAGGUCCAUUUUAAAUCGUCAGAGUCUUAAACAAGCCGAGACUCAGGACCAACGAGACAUGGCCCAGAUCUCUGAGCUAGACACGCAGCAUCAGCAUCCAAACACACCUCCAUCUCAACAACAUAGAUGUAGGCAGCUGUGGAGAGCUGCAUCUGAAAGUGUUCUGAAACACAAACAGAGGAGAUGUUCAUCCAGUAGGAGGGAUCCACUUCACAACUCAUCCUAUAGCAGCAGUAGCUGGCAGUGCUUUCCACCUUCAGAUCAGUCUGAUCAAUCAUCACAGCAGUCGGACCACAGCAUCCAACUGUACCAUCAGAUGGACAGGAACCCAAACUUUAUUGGGCCAUUGAAGAUGUGGAUCCAGUCUCCUGUCUGUGUCUCACAUGAAAACAUGUUACGCCCCUUCAUCUUUCUUCAGCACGUGUAUGUGGACACAACCUUGUUCACCAGUCCUCACAUGGCUCGAAUGCCAGACGUGUGUAUCACCGAGCACAAGCCUUUAGUGAGGUGUCAGUCACAGCCACAGGCCAUGAGAGAACAGCAGACUGGAUUUCAUCAUCGUUACAGCUACCGAGAACCAGACAGACCAUCACACACACACAGGAUGACCGCAACAAACUUUUGCAUAAUCUCCUGUAAACAGCGCCGCCCAGGGGCAGACGAGAGGACAGCAGGCCAGGAAAAGGGGAACGUGAGUUUUGUGGUUGGAGAUGACACCAGCUUGACUCCCCAGGAGGAGCUGUGUGAAGAACACAGGAGCACCGAGUCAAGAUCUUCAUCACACCUGUCUCCUAGCAACAAGUUGCGUCACAGACCACCAGUUAGAAUACACACCAGAUCACAUCGGCCACUGACACACACCCUCUCCUCUCCUCCUGCCUACUACCUGCAUGAUACGGCUGAAUCCCCCUUUAACCACGCCCACAGAACAGGGCUGGCGUAUGAUCCUCAGAUGCUGAAGCAGCAGUGUAUCUGUGGUGACAGCAGCUGUGAUGCUGAGCAUGCUGGGAGAAUUCCCAAGGUGUUUGACAGACUGCGGGAAUGUGGAGUGAGUGAUCAGUGUAAGUGGAUCACAGGCGGCCAGCACAGUGAGAAAGAUGAUCAGCUGCUUCAUCAGGUCAGCUCGCUUGCUUUUAAUGGAGCAAAUGCUCUGAGUAACCUGCACCCUGAAGCAGUGGGGAUGGCAGCAGGCUGUGUAACACAGCUCGUCCUGCUCGUCGCACAGGGUCACCUGAGGAAUGGUUUCGCAAUCGUUCAACCACAUGGACAUGAUGCCUCACACUCAUCACCGUCUAAGUCAGUGGUUGCUUCUAAUCCAGUUGCAGUUGCUACUAAAGAGCUCCAGAAAAAACAUAAUAACAGAAAGAUUCUAAUUAUUGACUGGGAUGAUCAUCAUUGCAAGGGAACUCAGGAAGUGUUCUACACCGACCCGAAUGUUCUCCUCAUCUCUCUGCAUCGCGACAGCAACACCACGCCCAGCGCUGAGGCAGGACGGCCUGAUCAAGUGGGCCAGGGUGAAGGAAAAGGUUUUAAUGUCAAUGUGGAAUGGUCAUGUGACCUGGGGCCACACAUAGGGGACGCAGAAUAUUUGGCAGCAUUUAGGACUGUGAUCAAGCCGAUUGCUCAGGAGUUCCGUCCCGACCUCGUCCUCAUCUCCACCGAGUUUAACACCGCUGAUGGACAUCCGUCGUCUCAGGGGGGACCGAGAGUAUCGGCCAAAUGUUUUGCGCUCCUCACUCAGAGCCUGAUGCAGCUCUCUGGAGGUCGAGUGAUUGUGGUGUUACAAGGCGGUCAUGACGUCAUGGCCGUGUGUGAGGCGUCGAAGGCGUGUGUUAAUGCUCUGUUAGAGAAAAAGAUUGCGUCUCUAUCUGACGAUGUCCUGAUGAAGAAGCCAUGUGCUGCAGCGGCUCAGUCUCUACACAGAGUUCUGCAGAUCCACAGUCAGUUCUGGUCGUCGGUGAAAGCUCUGACAAACACCGUAGGUGAGUCGUGGUUUCAGGCCGAGGGGAAACACUCGGCACACACCGACACGGCCUCGGCCCUCGCCUCGCUCAGCAUGACCACCACAAACUACACCAGGCUCUGGCGGGGUCGAUCUGAGCCAGUGGAGCACGAUGAGGACGAGGAAACAAUUCCAGCUUGACCUUAUGAAUGAUGUAAUAUGUAAUAUGACAUUAAAGUGUCUUGCAAAAGAAUUCAUACCCCUUGAGCUUUUC